AUGUCUUCACAAAAUCCCAACGUACAGCAGAAGCGAGUGGCUACUUCGACCGCACAAGGGGCUUCGCCCACUAAAAAGCAGCAGCUUCACUGCUUCACUAAAGAAGUACAGCAGGAGAAAAAAAUAAAAAUGAUGGAGAAAAACAUAGAAAUACUGCAGCAGAAACUUUUAGAAGAGCAAAAGGCUCAUCGGCUGACAAAACAAGAGCUGCUCCAACAAGUUGCUCAAAAACAACAUCAAAUUGAACAACUACUCCAAGAACGCAGCAUGCAGCAGAAGGCUCAUACGCUACUAUGGCAGCAGAUUCAGCAACAACAGCAGCAAAUAGAAGAGCAAACCCAGCGACUGUUGCAAGCACACCAGGAGCAACAAGAGCAGGACCAACAACCGUUGCAGGCACAGCAGGUAUGUUCUUCGUGGGUGUCAUGA